CUGGCACACUGGGUAGGCGAAAUUUCACGUGUUAUGCGAACGUCAGGAGCUUUUAUUGAUUUUUCCGGGGUUUCCGCAAUUUGUGGUGCAUUCUGGGGAAGGACAUAAAAUCAAUAGGCAUAGUGAAAGCCCACCGUAGACACCAAGAUGUCCGAACCCGAAGAAAAACGCAGAAAAUUGCGUGAAGAGUGCGAAGAAUCACGUUGUCAGUUUUUCGUUACGCGCAAAAAGAGAUUUUGUAAAAUGACUGUUGCAAAGGGCCAAAAGUUCUGUGGCCAGCACGAACCCAUCUCCAAGCCCAAUGAAAAGGAGAUGGGGAAUAAGUCUGCAGAACGGGUGCCAUGUCCAUUGGACCCUAAACACACGGUAUAUGCUUUUAAAUUGAAUAAACACCUUAAGAUUUGCAAUGCUCGCCCCAUGAAGAAUGAGAACUACAUCAAGAUUGGCCUCCACAAUGGGUCUGAUGAUGAAGAAGAGGGUGCUACGGGGCGAAAUGUAAAGCUCAAUGAACUUACUUGUGAUUAUGUGAAGACACUGACGAAGAAGAUCAAUGAGAUUUAUCGGAAGUACAUUAAGGACACCAUCAGGAAUGUCUUUCGGGAGCAUAAAUUGCUGCAGGAGGAAUUGGCAAAGCCCGAGUAUGGUGCUACAUCGUUGAAGCAUCUGAAGCAGACGGCUGCACUACUUGGAUGCUUGCAGGAGUAUAAUCUGUUGUUGCCACAGACGUGCUUUGUGGAAUUUGGUGCUGGUAAGGGACAGGUGUCAUACUGGAUUGCUCAAGCUAUUAAACACUUUAAGCAGUGCUCGGUUAUUCUUGUUGAUAAGGCAUCGCAUCGCCACAAGAAGGACAACAAGGUUGAAGAUCGUGACACCGUAACACGUAUUCGAGCUGAUAUUGCGAAUCUCGAUCUCUCCUGGGUGCCUCAUCGUAGUGAAUCCGUCGUGGGAGUUAGCAAGCAUCUCUGUGGUGCUGCAACUGACAUGACACUACGGUGCAUCGUAGCUGGGAAUCAACCACCCAAGGAGACAAACAGAAAGUUGUGUCGCACUAAGGGAAUCCUUAUUGCACUUUGCUGCCAUCACAGGUGCGAUUGGAAGACCUUCGUGGGGAAAUCUUUCCUCAAGGAACACGGAAUCACACCCAAAGAUUUCACUGUGAUGACGAAAAUGGUGAGCUGGGCUGUCUGUGGUACCGGGAUGAGUCGUGAGCGUCGCAAAGAGGUGCAAACGGCUGAUGAAUCCGAUGAUUCCGUUGAAAAUUCCUCCGAUGAUGAUGAAGAUACCGUCAAAAUGUCGCGCAAAGAGAAGGAAGAAAUUGGCAUUCGUUGCAAGAGAAUCCUCGAUUAUGCCCGAAUCGUCUAUUUGAGGCAGAAUCACUACGAUGCGUCGCUCAUCAACUACGUUAGUCGUGAUGUAACGCUCGAGAAUGUCUGUAUUGUUGCCGUUCAUGAAAGCAAUAAAUCGAUCUCAAUCUAGACUCUAGCUGGAGAGAAUCUUAAGAUGA